CUGACGAAGACUCAGCAAUUCUCUCUGUAGCAAGCGCCAAGUCAAAAUGAGACAGAAACGAGCAAAGUCGUAUCGCAAGUUGAUGCAGACGUAUCACCUGUUUUUUGGUUUCCGUGAGCCUUACCAGGUGGUUGUCGAUGCAGACUUUUUACAAGACUUAAACAAAAGUAAAAUGAACGUUCUUGCGGCGCUGACAAGAACCGUUCAGGGAAAAGUAAAGCCUAUGAUCACUCAAUGCUGUAUCAGCCAGCUUUACAAGCAAGGAAACGCGGCCGCUUCUGAUAUCAGACUCGCUAAAACAUUCGAGAGAAGACGCUGUAACCAUUUGGAUGAUCCAAAGUCACCGGCUGAGUGUAUUCAAAGCAUCGUUAACAUCAAUGGCAAAAACAAGCAUCGCUAUGUGGUUGCGACACAAGAUCCAGAAGUGCGUGCGGCAUUGAGAAACAUUCCUGGUGUUCCUCUUAUCUAUAUGAAGCGUUCGGUUGUCAUCCUUGAGCCUGCUUCACCUGCAACUGUUUAUUACAAGCGGCAAAGAGAGGGCCAACAAAUGGGCAUGUCGCAAGAAGAGAAGGAUCUGCUUUCUGGAAAGACACAGAGACAACAAGAAGAGAAGGAGAACAGUAGCGAGGAUGCUACUUCUGACGCUACCACUAAAAAACGCAAACGUGGACCUAAGGGUCCCAAGGGUCCCAAUCCAUUAAGUAUGAAGAAGAAAAAGUCAGAGACCGAACCCGUUCAAGUAAACAUUAUUGGCGAUGUCGGCCAAAGAAAAAAGCAUCGCCGUGGACGCAAAAAGAACACCGUUUCCGAUGAAAGCGGUACAGGUGUUGCUACUGGCGAUGCCGUUGAGAACGAUUCCUCGUAACAUGGGUACGAUAGUCUCUACUGGCUUCUGCACUAGCGGUCUUAUUAUGUACACAGAGGUUACAAAAUGGUUUUGGAAACCGAGGUUAGACGGAUAGGGAAUACUGAUACUAUAGCAUUGGAGACAUAAUUUUGUUGGGGAAAAAAUAAAUUGACGGAUCCGAUUAAGUGGAUAAGGCCUUAAGCGUUUAGCUCUGCUGCUUUUGAUACAGGAAAGACUGCCUAAAGUCCAUGCAUUGUAACUGAAGAAUUUGGCAUUCUUCACUUUUUCACUCUACCCUCCUUAACAAGCUUCCCUAAGACAAUCCGUGCCCACCAUGAUAACAGCCUUCUCCAAACAAUCCUCGCCAGAUUACUUGGUGUGGUAUUUUACACGAGGGGCAUACAAAACUCCACCACGAGAACGGCAGCACACAAAAUAAAAACUUUGGUUAAUCCCCUCAGAAGGUCGUUCGUGGCAUUCUCAAAGUAAAGUUCUGUAAACGAUGAUGACGGACAAGACGCCCGUGCACGAACCCAUACUUAACAGUGCUCCUUCACGAAAAUAUCUAAACGAACAUGUAACACCAACUCUGUUACAGGGUUUGAAGUUGCUGGCGAGGGAAAGACCGAGAGACCCAUUGAAAGUGUUGGGUCUUUUCCUCUUGGAUGCUAGUAACAAACAAAAUGCUGCUGAAGCGGCCAUUCAGCAGCCUUUUAAUCCCUCUUCCACUCCUUCCGGAUCUGCAUAGUAAAGCGGGAGAGAGCAUUCAUAGGACUGGAUUUCCUGUUGUGACUGAAUGAUGCGCAGCUCUCGGGCAUUGUUUAGCAAAAACUGAUUGUUCAACAGACUGGGGUCCUUGGACACUUGUGCAUCUAGAUAUUCUUUAGUGUUUGUAAUCACCUUGUGCAUAGAAGUAAGAACUUGGCCGACUGCAGACUCAAAACCUUGUCUCAGUCUCUGUUUAUCGUCCGAAGACAAUUGGAUAUCGUUGCUUCUAAGUUCAGUGAUUUUGUGAAACAAAUCUCCAACUGCAUGUGCAGUCUUGGCAAGCAACAUGCUUGCAAACAGAUCACCUGUUCCAGUGAAGAAGCCAGAAAUGUAAUCGAAAAUGAAAUAGAAUGGUUGGCACGAGUUUCCGAUUUUCAUGGAAGCCAUGCAGCGCAGUUUUUCUUCGUCAUCAGAAUCAGCGAAGGAAGUGAUUACUACGAUUGGUAUGUGAUAUCGAGUGUGAAUUGCAUUAAUAGCUGCCUUAGCACUCUUCAUAUCCUCCACCGGAAAUCCUGCUAGAAGCUGUGCUUCGUACGCAUUUGGUGUUAUGAUAUCAGCCAUAGCCAAGAGUUGCUGAUACUUGUUGCGAACAUUGUCCUCGACAUACAUGCGACCUUCAUCACCCAUUACCGGAUCCAUCAACCAAAUGGUAUUUGGGUGUCGUUGUUUAUAGGCAAUAGCGAAUUCUGAAACAAUAUCCAAGAUGUUUUCAUUCGGAAUGUAGCCGGUCAAUAUAGCAUCGUAUGCCCCCAUUGAAUCGUUUUCCAGGCCUUUCAGUAGACUGCUUACAUCCUCACUUGAGUAUACUUUCCCAUGCGUGGAUCCGUAGGCCAGAUGAUUUGAAAAAUGCACCGUUGGCAAUACAUCGACAUCCCAACCAAGCAAUUGCAAAGGAAACGUUGCCGCACGGUUUCCCGCAUACCCAUGACAUACAGCAGACUGAAAGAACAUUAGUAUUUCUUUAAAACAUUUUUUCACAAAUUAAAUCAAUUCGAACCUGGAUGGAAAGAACCCUAUAUGUAUGAUAAUAACUGCUUGAAGUCAUUGAAAUAAAAACAAAGGUCUAGGCAGGGAACUAUUUAUUAAAACGAGCGGUAGAUUUUGCGCCGAAUUGAUACUGUGUAUGAUGUUCCAAAUGAUAAUCAAAAACAGCGUUCUAUAAUUCAAAAAACACGUAAAAACACUUUUAGAUUGACUGUGAAUACAGUCAGGCAAUUUGCAUGAAUGAAAUCCAGAGAUAACUGCACUUGCUGACGACGUACCACGCAAAUAGGUAUGCGGUUCUAGUCUGAGUAGCAAAUCUCAUAUGCAACUUUUACGACCAAACUGCAACCCGUGCAUGGAAUCACAUCCAUACCGUUCUCUAGGUCAUCUUCUGUCACAAUAUAGCCUCCGUAUUCACCACAGCGGCACGGAUAAACAAAGCUGCCAUCAGCUUGUUCUUCAAAGUCGUCUAAAUCAACCACAGCAUUAUAACGUUCCGUGGUCACUAUGAACCGUUAGUAAAUAAGUAGGAAAAUUCCAACUUGCCUGCAUCUGCUUCCAGCUUAUUUGAUUUGCCAUUUUGAAGACGGUCAAGAAGACUUUCGUACGCUUUACGAACAUGAUCAACAGAAAUCUCUGAAACGCGUCCAUUCUGUUGUUUGUCUGGAUGUGCAUUCAGUAAUGCCGUUUUAUAAGCUAUUCUGAGGUCUGAAGCUGUGUAGGCUUCUGUUGGCGAAAGUUUUAGGAUUUUGUACGCGUCCAUGUAGAAAAACAAAGCAAAACAACAAAAGAAUAAGCGUAGAGUAGUUGAGGAAGAUAUUAGGUAGUAAAACUAAAUUAUAUUCAACAGGAA